AUUCCAAACUUAUAAUUGUUUUGAUUCAACGAGAAAAUCCAAAGAAGAUUCCUUUAGUCAUAAAAUAGUGGCUUCAAUCUUAGAAACUUUUUUUAAAGACCCACAAACAACAUAUGUUUGGGCAAAUGAAACAUUGGAAGCAUCAGCAAUUAGAAAAAGAAAAUUUGAUGGCUCAUUACAAGGAAAAAAACCAGACUUUGUUGUGAAUACAAAUAUGCCAUCAAAACAACAUUUAUUAAUAGUAGAGAUAAAGCCACCGAAACAUGCUGCAAAUGACAGCAAGAGAGAAGAUCUUGUUAAACUGGGUAACGAAAUGAAGGACUCAAUAGACAAGAUGAUAAAUGACAAAAUUGAUGGUAAUAAUUUAGCUGUUUGUGGUCUUCUGAUAGAAGGCAAAAUGAUCCAAUUAGGUGUUUUUUAUUUACCUCAAGAUCGCCACAAUUUUGGUGUUCUUCCUGAUGCAUUUCAGAUUCUUUUGCAAGCACAGGCUAUUGUAAAAAAGACAGCUGAUCAUUGUAUAUCCACCAUCAAUCAAAGAAUUUUAUCCUCUUCUCCUAAAAUCCCAUCUUAUCAUGCCUCUAUGAUACAUCCAUCAUUCCAUGCACCAAUAAAACUUCCAUUAUCAAAA